AUGCCCACCGCUGUUGUUAGCAUCAGUGUUCUGUAUUCAUUCUUCAGAUUAGAAAUGGCAGUCGUCAAUGUCACUGUGGUCCUAGGAACAAAAACCCUCAGCAGCGUCGACUUGGAGAGAAAACAAGUGCAGAAGAUCAUUAUUCACAAAGACUAUAAGCCACCCUCCCUCGACAGCGACCUCUGCCUGCUCCUGCUCGCCACGCCAGUACAAUUCACCAGCUUAAAAAUGCCCAUCUGCCUGCCGGAGAAGGAGAGGACCUGGGACCGGUGUUGGAUGGCAGAGUGGGUACCGACCCGUGAGUAUGGCCCACCAGAGAGCUUCAACACACACCUGAAGAAGCUGAGGGUGAGCCAGAUUAGCUGGACAACGUGCAGCAAGCGGGUCAAGUCGCUCUCCAGGAGCAUGCUUUGUGCCUGGCAGGAACAAGACACCAAUGGCAACAGCCAGGGAGACAGCGGGGUGCCCAUGGUCUGUGCUGACCACGGAACCCAGAGGCUCUUCCAAGUGGGUGUCUUCAGCUGGGGCGAGAGCUCUGGUUCCAGGGGAAGGCCUGGCGUGUUUGUGUCUGUGGCUCAAUUUAUUCCAUGGAUCCAGGAGGAGACGCAGAAAGAGGGGCGCGCCCGCUCUUUCCUAGGAGCCCCAGGAAGCUCCCUGGCUUGUGCUCCACAGUACCCCUUAGUGCUGGGCGUGGGCUGGCAACUGCUGCUUGCUGCCAUGCUCACGGGCAAUAAAUCAAGUCACUGA